AUGUCAAAAAUUUCUUCACCACCAUAUGUGUUGUUGUAUUUAGUCCUUGGCCUCCUAAAUACAUGUGCACAAGUAUCAGCAUGCAAUUCAACGAUAUAUUGUACCGGUGAACUCCUGCAUACAGUUCAGAUUAGGAAAAUUUUUGGCCAUUCACGUACUUUUGUUGAUUUAAAACUUACGAAGUCUCCAAAAACAGUACUUAGGACUUUUGAGGCACUUAUGACGGAAACGGACAAUAAUCCUAGCAGCGUUCAGCUCAGGGGUUUUCUUGAGAAACAUUUUGAAGAUAGAGAGGAACUUCGUUAUUGGCACCCAACAGAUUUCACACCCGUUCCUCCAAUUAUAAGUGAAAUUAAAAAUCCUGAUCUCUUACAAUUUGCUAAAGACAUUAUCAAUAUCUGGCCAAAACUGGGACGGAAAGUAUCCAAGGAUGUAUACAAGAAUCCAAAGCUAUAUAGUUUUAUAUAUGUACCGAGAGGAUUUAUAGUGCCCAGCGAAAAUUAUAAAGAAUUGUACUACUGGGACUCCUACUGGAUUAUCCGAGGUCUCCUGAUCAGUAAAAUGAUGAAAACUGUAAGGGGCAUGAUCGAAAAUUUUUUGUACCUUGUAGUAAAGUUCGGAUAUGUACCUAGCGGCACUCGAGUCUAUUACCUGGGCAGAAGUCAACCACCAUUUCUUUCCUGGAUGGUUUAUGACUAUUUUACAGCAACAGGAGACAAAGCAUGGCUGGAACAAAAUAUCGCGACCGUGGAAACAGAACUGCAAUAUUGGCUCAAAAAGAAGACCGUUACAGUUGAACUUAAGGGGAGUGGAUACACAUUACUACGAUAUGUAUCGGAUAAAUAUUUCAAGGGUCCUCGUCCAGAAUCUUACAACGAGGAUUACACGAACGCUCAAAAGGUACCCGAAAACAUACGUGAGUUAUUUUAUAUGCAGAUCAAGAGUGCUGUGGAAAGUGGUUGGGACUUCUCAUCUAGAUGGCUCGUGACUUCUGCAGCAAAAGCCGAAUUCAAUCUUACCGAUGUUAGCACUACAAAAAUCCUGCCGGUUGACCUGAAUGCAAUAUUUGCUGCAGCUCUACAAAAGACCGGUAACCUUAGAGAUCAUCUUGGACACCAUCAAAGUGCCACGAAGUGGUGGAAUCUAGCUGAGCAAUGGAGAGACGCUAUUGAUAACGUUCUAUGGGAUUCUGAUGACGGUGUUUGGUAUGACUUCGACAGUCGGCAAAUGUCGCGGAGGAAAUUUUUCUAUAUAAGCUGUGCAUCACCUCUUUGGGCAGGCGCCGUCGAACCUUGGUUAGUACCAGAACGUGCCAGAUAUUUCGUAAGAUACUUGGAGUCAAGUGGUGCAUUGAGAUUUCCAGGCGGAGUACCUGCUUCACUAUGGCACACAGGAGAGCAGUAUGACUAUCCAAAUGUGUGGCCACCACUCCAGGCUAUGAUGAUAAGUGCAUUGGAGAACAGUGAUUGUAGUGAAGCGAAGCGUUUAGCAAGACACCAAAUACAACUUUGGGUACGCGCUAUGUACGCGGGAUUUAAGAAAUAUAAAAGAAUGUUUGAUAAUUAUAAUUGUUUGAUCACGGGCGAGCAUGGAAGUCGUACCGAUUAUAUAAGUCAAUAUGGUUUUGGAUGGACGAAUGCAUAUACUCUAGAACUUCUUCAAAAAUACGGGUCUGAGCUAACUCUUGAUUAA